CAAAGCCGCUUUUGAGUAACUAGGGGCGGAGUUUCUGCGGAACCACCUUUUCAGUGAUGUGAUGACAAAUUAUUCACAGAAUUGUAUCAUUAUCAAUCUGCUGUUCUCAAUCUUAUUACCAUAGAUAGAUCCCAUUUAUAUAACAGGAGUUAUCUUAGAUUUCUAUCAUCAUAGACUUUUAAGAGGGACGGAUCUGUCAUAAAACUCGUUCGCUGCUGUCUUUAAUUACACUUCGAAACUCUACACCAUCGUCUGUCUCGAAUCGCUCGUUCAUCAUGACAUCUUCAUACCCUCCUGAGAUUUCAGCCGAAGAAUCCCAACAGCUUCUUGUGACUAUCAAAGAUUGGUCCAUAGCUCAUGGACUGGCUGUGAGGCCCCCACCGGCUUUUGUCUCUAACGAAACAGAUCCUCAUGGUGUUUUGGCAACCACUGCACCAGUUACUCUAUUCCCAAGUCCCUUUCCUCGGAUAUGCUUUGAGCAAGCCAAAUCAGUGCAAAAGGCUUAUAACAUCUUAUAUGCAUCUAUCGCUCAAGAUGAGUCUUUUCUAGGAGAUAUCGUUCAAGAGUAGGACCUCAUGAAAUUCCAAGUUCCAUUUUUGUUUCAAAUGUUCACUGGAGAAUGAUUCUGACUUUUUACUUAGAAUCAUUGAAGUUGAUGACUUCAUUGCCGAACUUUGGCGUGUUCACUUGAAGGUCAAGAAUGAGGGUUAUGUUCAGGUGAAUAUUUCUAACAUCAAUUCAACUUAAAGUGAUUGAAAAUACUGAUCGUGAAGAAUCUUUCUCUUGGUCUUUUUCGAUCCGAUUACAUGGUCCAUCAAGAAACACCGGAAACCACACCUACUAUUAAGCAGGUCGAAUUCAAUACCAUCGCUGCUUCAUUUGGAGGAUUGUCUUUUCAAACUUCUCAGUUACAUAAGUUUGUGUUUAUUAAUGCUGUGGUAAAUUCCAAGUUGCUGACGACUUGCCAGAUACUUGUCACUAAGUGAUUACAGCUUUUCCAAUAAAGAUGUAACAAAAUCACUAGACCUCCCAGAGAACACAAGCACUACAUCCUUAGCUUUAGGAUUAUCACACGCUUUUGAUUCCUACAAAAAUUCUGCUCCUAAUUCUCACUACGAUCGCUGCAUAGUUUUCCUGGUUCAAACGCCCGAACGAAAUAUCUUUGAUCAAAGACAUCUUGAAUAUGAGCUGCAAAAGCAGGGUAUACCAGUAUUUCGACUGGCAUUCUCCGACGUUCUCGCCCAUACAACAGUAGCCCAGGCCCCAAACAGAGAACUUUUAUAUUCACCACCAAGCAAUCCUUCAAAGAAGUUCGAGGUUGCUGUUGUCUAUCUUCGUGCCGGAUAUGGCCCUCAAGAUUACGCCGAUGAAUCGGCUUGGGAAGGUCGUUUCCAAAUAGAACGAUCAAACGCUAUCAAAUGUCCUUCAAUCUUGACUCAAUUGGCUGGAGCCAAGAAAGUCCAACAAGUACUUGCUACACCAAGAGCUCCCUCUACCCCAUCAAUCCUGAAUCGCUUCGUUAAGACAAACGAUGCGGAUCUUGAGAAAUUAGAAGAUACAUUUACAAACAUCUUUCCACUUGACGAAUCUUCAGCAGGACUCGAAGCGCGCAAAAUUGCCCUAGAUCCAGAACUUUGCAACGGAUAUGUCCUAAAGCCCCAACGAGAAGGCGGCGGUAACAAUAUCUACCGCUCCGCAAUUCCCGCAUUCCUCAAAUCACUCCCUGAAUCCCACUGGAAAUCCUACAUACUCAUGGAAAUUAUCACUCCACCGCCUGUUCACAACAUGAUUCUCCGCAACGGAGCCAUCGAAAAGGGUGGUGUGAUCUGUGAGCUCGGUAUCUACGGAACAUGUCUGUGGGAUCAAACCACCUCGCAAAUCCUCCACAACGAGGAAGCGGGAUACCUCCUACGAACAAAGGGUGAUAAGAGUGAAGAGGGUGGUGUGGCUGCUGGUUUUGGUUCCAUGGAUAGUGUGGCUCUUAUUUAAAUCUAUCUCCAAAAGAGCAAAGUCUAGUAUUAGAGGAUUUCCUUCAAUGUGGCUUAUGAAGCAUAUAGCUAGAUAUUAAACCGGAACCUUACAUGGCUUUGUCGUAUUUACGGGUAGUUUUUGUUAAAAUAAAAUUUAGCGUACGGUCAAAAUCACACAUCGCUAACGAUUCCUAAAAUCUGCGGAAUCAAUCAACACUGAUACAUAGUUUCUAG